CGUGGUGCAGUUCCUCUUAGUUUGCUUUUAUGAGACUUCUUCAAGGCCACAAGAUCAAGCAAAGGACUUUCCUAUUUCACUUGGCCAUACACUGAGGUGUCUAAUGGCCUCCAGCUUGGAGCUGUCCAUGUGAGAAGCGAAUCUGAGAAGAGAAGGGCAGACACUUAGAGAGAAGAGUUUCCCACAGAGCAUGGCCUCUGCAAAAGAAGAUGUCAUGGAUGAAAGAACGGUGGACAUUAAAGAAGAGGACUGUGAGCAGCUCACACCAGAGGAUGUGUGUGUGAAGCUGGAGGAUCACGAAGAAAGAAUUUCACAUAUAAAAGAGGAGGAGUGCAAAGGGGUGACUGCUGCUAUUAAAGCUGAAGAUUUGAAUGAUUUCUCCGUUGGUCUUGAACUUCAAAAGCAGGAAACUGAGGAUAUUUUCAAACAAGAGGCCUGUGAAGAAUCUCCAUCCAGUUUACAGCCCUCGUCCACUAAUACGGGACGACUGGCUACACAGGAGAAUUCCGCAGAGUUGAAAUCAGAGUUAUCGGAAUCUGAAGAGAAAAUCACCGAUGGAAAUGGGAGAGAAGGAGAAGAGUCACCUGGGAGUGUUGGAAUAAAUUUACAGGAGAAUGGCAGCUUCUCUCCACCUUCAUUUGGUCAGCCCUCUCUUCAAUACAAUGAGAAAGGUAUGAAGAAAUCAGAAAGUGGAUCAGAGGACCGGACAGCAGCUUUUUUGCAGCGCAGUUCUCUCCCUGCUACUGGAGUAACACAGACAGAAGCCAUCAAAACUGAUCAACAGCAAGUUGAGAAAGAAAACCUAAUUCACACUGGAAAAAAAUGUUGUUUGGAGUGUGGCAAACAAUUCACACAAAAAAGUGAGCUUAAUAAGCAUAUGAAGAUUCACAUUGGAGCAAAAACAUAUUGUUGCCCUGAAUGUGGUAAGCAUUUCUCAACGAAAAGCCAUCUUCAGAGGCACAGAAUAAUCCACACAGGAGAAAAAACUAACUGCUGUCCAGAAUGUGGCAAAAAAAUUUCUGACAAACGCAGUUUUCAAAAACACAUGCGAAUUCAUAACGGAGAAAAAAAGAAGUAUGUAUGUUCUAAAUGUGGCAAAUGUUAUACAAACCAGAAUAGUCUUUAUAGACACAUCAAAAUCCAUACUGUAGAAAAAUCUCAUUGCUGUUCUGAAUGUGGGAAACGAUUCAUAGAUUUAUACACACUUCAGUGCCACAUCAGAACUCAUACUGGAGAGAAACCUUAUUCUUGUCCUGAAUGUGAUAAGCAGUUUUCACAACAAAGCACCCUACAGAGUCACAUCAGAGUUCACACCGGAGAAAAACCUCACCAAUGCUUGGAAUGUGGCAAACAGUUCUCGCGCGUCAAUUCUCUAAAUAAUCACAGGAGAAGUCAUACUGGUGAGAAGCCUUACAGUUGUUCUGAAUGUGGAAUGCGAUUCUCAUAUAACAGUUCUCUUCACAAACAUAGAAUAAUUCAUUCUGGUAAGAAACAUGACUGUUCUGAAUGUGGCAGGCUUUUCGCAGACCGCGGGACUCUUAAAGACCACAUGAGAAUUCACUCUGGAGAAAAACCCUUUUGCUGUCCAGAAUGUGGCAAACGAUUCCCACGUCAAACCACACUUAGGUGCCACAGAAUGAUCCACACUGGAGAGAAGCCAUACACCUGUUCUGAAUGUGGUAAAGGGUACUCUUCCAAAAAAAGUUUUCUGAGACACACACAAAGUCAUAUUGGAGUAAAGCCUGUCCCAGAAUAGACAAAUGAUCUUUCCAUUGGCUCCUCAAUCAAAAAAACUGAAGAAAAACCUUCUGAGUGAGGUAAAGGACUCCCGUUUAUAGUAGUUAAUAAAUACGUAAGAGUAGGGGACAAAACACAAAGUGGCAAACAGAUUGUAGAUGUAAGGUCACCUCAGAGCCACAUAUGAAUUCACACUGGAAUGAACACACUGGAAUACAACAGAUAUUUCACAAACAGCAAGAAUCUUCUUCAACAACUUAUAGGUGCAAGAAAAAACCUCAUUGUUGUUCUAAAUGUGGUUAACGCUUUUCAGACCGCAGUGGCCUUCAUAUUCAUAAAUGACUGGCUUAAUUGUGGUAAGCCUGCUUAGCUGUUCUGAAUGUUGAAAGUGGUCCUCCUGUAUCAGCGGUCAUCAGCAACACGUAAGAUUUCAUGAAGGACUCAGAAACUGUACUGCCAGUAUGUAAGCCAUACAGGGGCUGGUCAUCACUACACCAGUGCUGUGACAUAAGAUGGUGAAGAAUACAAACACCAGACAACAGAAUGAAGUAGCAACAGAAAUGUGCAGUGAUGAUAACUUCAACCCCAGAGCACAAGUGAAAAACUUCAAUGUAAUAAUGAAAAAAUGGAGAAGUCAAAUGAAAUCCACAGUGCAGUGCCAACUACUAGGAGGUGCUACUGACAACAAGGGGAAUAUUUUUGUUUUUGGACUUUUGGAGAUGGGGCCUUAUCUGAAUGGCAAUGAACUUGUACCGUCUCUGGGAUGUCAUCUGAUGGCUGACGCCUGGGCUGAGUGCAGACAGCUGUUCUUAACUCUGAUAAUGAAGAAGUCAUUUAGUGACGUCAGCUGACAGCCAAUGCUGUCCAAUCAGAUACUGGGGAGGGACAUUCUAGGGGGAUAGGAGACUAAAACGAGAGCCGUCACAUGACAGACCAAUGUAGAGGGCUUUAUAAGAGUUUUACACUAAUUUAGGUUAUCAUUUGUAAAUGAUGAGUCUUUCCAAACCAAAGACAUUCAUCAGCUGUGUGUCAAGGAUGAGUCCAAAAGUGGGAAUUUAAGAAGAUCGAAAGACAAAUAAAAUGAAACAUUCAGGGUUCAAAAAGAAAUGUUUAAGACAUAAAGAGGGUGUCACAACAGCAUGCUAGGGUUAGCACAGGGACCACAGUUGUUAAAAAUAUCAAUUAAUGUAUAGAAGGAAUAUUAUUUUAAAUAAAAUAAUAAUCGGUUUAUGAGAAAUGGGACACCAUAAUGAAUGCAGAACACAAUGAAAAUGAUAUGCACUGAUUUUAUUGUCUGAUAUAUAAGAGAAAAAGGGAAGACAAAGCAGAAACUGACAGGGAUCUCUGCUGCCCCAGCUCUUCAUUUGAUAAAUUAACCUUAAAAUAUAAUGGAUGUUAGUUUGCUCCAUGUCAGUAUGUCCUGUGGUGGUGUGUGAAGGACGCUCUAUACACCGAAUGUGUUGGUUCAGGUUUCAGUUUGAGUUCAGCACCUUCUUCUUAUCGAUACCCAAGACAACGUUUCUUCACAUAGAGACUGCAAAAAGGAGGCCACGGGAGCUCAAUAAACUCCAACAGCAGGAUGGACCAUUAGAAAGAUCUGAUUUGAGAGAGUGUCAGCUACAAAAAGCUUCGGCUUCAUUUACUUGACAGAAAACUCCAAAAAGCAGAAGUGGCCCCUUCUGUACCCCCACCACUGAAGGUCUGCUUGUACUUUCUGUAUUUAUUAAGUUUGUUUCAUUUUUUGGCCACACUUUUUACAUUUCAUUUCAUUGAUGUUCUCAAAUGUGUGAGUAUAGCUUGACUUUUGCAAGGACUUAGCAAAAAAUGGUGCAUUGGCCAUGAAAUACAGGAAGGCAGAAAAAUAUGAAAAGUGGAGCCCACAAAAUGAAGAGGUGACAUUGAUGAAAUACGCUCAGUGGCAGAGGUGACGUGGACAAAAUCAGAAAGGACAGCACAGAAAAGGCAGGUACCAACUGAAAACAAAAGAAAAAAGCUGGUUGGUGGGAAGGACUGUCAGUCACUCUUAAAUGGACUGUUGAGGACAGCCGUGGCAUGCAGACUUCAGAGUUCAUGUGUUUUUGAUUUUCAAUCUGUGACCAUGCACUGAAUAAGGCUGUUAUUUAUAGGAUAGCAUUUUCUGAAACUGUAAUGUCAUCACAAAGAUCACACAAACUCAUAAUGUGGCAUUUGUGAUCAAUCAAUUUUGUUGAUUUUUAUGUUACCAUUCAUCAGCCCUGUAUAGAGUGCCACUUCCAGAUCAGCAACCCCACUGCACCCCGUAGCAAAUUUGGAGUUUGGGACUGGAGGACAAAGUAUAUGGCACUCUGAGAAGGACAGACUUGUAAGAUGUGAACAAAGCCAGCUGCCCUCCCUGGACUGUCUUCAUUCAGAAGGACUCGCCUCAGUGGUGGGAUUGUUCUGUGGUGCUCCUGUUAGCCGACAUUUCAUCAGCUUGCUUUCUUUUUUUCAUCUGAUAACCAGCAGAGUUAAUCAAUGAUGAGCCAGGCCUGUUACAGUGUGAAUGUUCUUGACAUUUUGGUUUGCUUUAAAUAUUUUUUCUUCUUCUUUACUUUGAUUUCUUGGUGGCUUUGUACAUUAGAGAUUAUUAAUACAUGAGCAUUUGGUGUUAAUAACGA